AUGCGAGAGGACGCGGACGUCUCGCUUCGCACGAUCCGACAGGAACUCGGUCAGCCGAUCUACGCCGCGCUGCUCGAGAUCCAAAAGUACCGCACCGCGGAAGUCAAGUCUUUGGAAUGGAUCCAGUCGUUGGAAUGCCUCCACAUGAAAAGCGAUGGGGCCCGAAAUCGCCCAGGUAUUGCCGGCAGAUACCGCCGUAGCGACAUGCCACGGCCGUCAGAUCGGCUUCUAGGCCGGACAUGCAUCAACCCUUUCGAUUCUGGAGACUACAUCGCCGUUUCGUACGUGUGGGAUCCAGCGCCGGGGGAGGACUCCAGCCGGGGGCGAUAUCGCGUCGAAUCAAGGAGGACGCUUCACCCGUCGUCAAGUCGAGUGAGAGACGUGGUCUGGGACCGCGUCUCAAGAUUCGCCGCCUACGUUGGCUGCACGAAUUUCUGGAUCGACCAGGAGUGCAUUAACCAGAAAGACGAGGGCGAGAAAGAAGUCGCGAUGCAAUGCAUGGACCUUGUCUAUAGCCAUAGUGACCACUCCGUGGCGUUGCUCACAGUGCAUGUCGGCUACCAGGAGGAAUUGGAUCUCUUGGCCGAGCUCCUUAGUGACAGCUUCGUUGCCGACGACGACGAUACAGCACCAGAUCUGAGACUCAACACUUAUAUGCUCGGGAGCGUUGAGAAGAUUCUAGAGCUCCUGUCCUCAAUCACCUCGGACCACUGGUGGAGCAGAGCAUGGACUUUUCAGGAGGAUUACCGCGCCGGGACGAAGAUGACUUUGCUCAUCCCUCACGACCCGUCUCUCGAAGACCGAAAACGAAACGCCAAAAAUCUGUUGUUUGGUGACCUUGAAGGCGAGCUGUGCGUCAAAUCCGCCAAGUUCCGCGAAAAGGCUUCUCGACUCUGUCUCGCGUACAUGAAUGAAAGCCGGCGUCAGAAGAGACUCGAAGACAUGGCUGGGCGGAUUUUGCAGCGCGCGGGCAAAUACAGAGUCACGCUCCAGGACCGCCAGGCAGAGGACACAAUAUACGCAGUCCGCAAAUCCAUGUCUCCCAGCAUCUUCGCCGACGUCGAUGCUCGGAAGGCCAGAACAUGUUCUGACCGCCUCGCCAUCGUGGCAAAUUGCUGUGACUAUUCCGUGCGAUUGAAUACAAAGAAACUACAAAGCAGCAAUCUCAGCUUGAGUCUGGCCUUGCUCGCUCUGUAUCUCCUCAACGGAGAGAUCCUCAUGAACGGCGGCGGCGGUGAUCUAGAAGGGCGUCAUGGCAGCAGCAGCAGCGUCGCUCCACUCAAUGGCACGAUAUUCGACUUCCUCAAGACGCAGAGUCUCGACAGCUUCUCGCCGCCAAUCAGCCAGCAGCUCACGUUUAUCAAGAGCUGCCGCUUCAUCCGGGUCAGAUUGACGGACGAAGGAAUCCGAACUCGAGGCCACCUCUGGGAGCUUGGGCCCAAGAUACCUGUGAAGGUCCGUCAUCCUGUUUCCAGGCAGUAUAAGUCGACCGGCCGCUUGAGGCAGGGCCAGCGCAGGAGCCUUGGCCAACUUCUCCAGAAGCUCCAGUCUGGGCAGUACAAGAUGCAAUACGAGGAACUCGCCGAGUCUCUCGAGUGGUUUCUCGACCAGGACGAGUACUGCGCGGGUGAUGACGAGCUGAGCUUCUCCAGAAAAUUCCAGACCUGGAUGGCCAGCGAGGUUGCCGACGCAAUCCCGGAUCGGAAGAAGGUUUUGCGCCUGGGGCGGCUCAUUGAUACACGACGAGACGCCGAAGACGGCUAUACCGGUAUCUUCGUCUGCGACGACGACGACGAGAGAGCGGGAGCGGGGGAGAACGUUUUCACGGCUUCUUGGGAUGGAGAAGGCGAGGAGCUUGAUAAACAUGUUAGCCUGGAGGUGGACGUGCGAGGUUAUAAUCGGUCAGGUAUUCCCAUGCUGGAGGCCAAGAGGUGGAUUAACGGGCUGAUUUUCUUUCGUGGGCGUCGCAGAGGCGAUUUCAUCUUCCCCUGGCACCCGUCCUUGACGGUCUAA